CUGUCCAAUAAGCAGCUGUCAGUUGGUCGCACCCAAGCCGCCAAAUGUUGCGGUGCGCCGUUAUUGCCAUUAUUUCAUCAUCCGUGCAGUUCCCGAUGUGAACCAUGUUCUGGCUGGCCAACCCCAUUAGCAUCAACAACUACUAUGAGUUUAAGCACUUUGAAAGCAUUCUGUUUGAAAAAUAAUGGUAAAUUGUCAGUAUACAAUGACACACGCCGCACACGCGCCAUUUUGUAAGUAACGUCUUGUAAGAAACAUCUUCAAAUUUCACAGUGCUCAUAAAAUUACACGAGUGCCUGUAGGCAGCUGUAUGUAGCUUGCUAGGCAUGCUGGUGCAGCUGGUGGCGAGCGUGAUGAUAGUGGCGGGGUUGGCGCCGUGCGUGCUGCAGCGCGCCUGUCCCGCGCGCCGCCCGCGCCCUCCUUCUACCGUCUGCAUGCACCGCAUCCCCUCCAUUAAACCUGAGCGCCUAGUGAGGUGUGAAGACAGAAAAGGUUCUAACAUGAAGAGAAAGAGGAUCGCUUUAUAAACUGGAAACUAAAUUCUUGCGUCUGCUUCACUUUUAUUUGCUUUUUGAUGAAUUUUGAACCUUUGGAUGUAUAACUAUUUCAGUUUCAAGGAUAAUUAUCUAUUACAAGUGAUAGAAGAUAGGGUUGGUCAUCUUUAGUUCUAAGUAAAUAUCUCGACCAAGUGUGACCGCGUGUCGCAUCUUACCGCGCGGAGUGCCGCGGUAGCGGGCGCGGCGAUGCGCGCGUGCAUAAAUGAGGGCGCGCGUGGUGUCGCGCGCGAGUGGUCCUGCGAGCGCAGCUGCGGGUGCCGCUGGUUGGUGUGUUGCUGCAUGUGCCACUGCGCCUGUGUCCGCCGCCGGGAGCCGCCCGACCCGACCCUCACAUGACUUGCUCCCAGGCGCUAGCGCUGCUUGCGCUCGUCGCCAUCUCGCAACAGGCAACAACAGGAUGCAAAAAUUGUAUAAUGCUGGGUAAGGAGGAGAAGGCGAUGUUCCGCGCGCACUCGGACGCGUGCGUGGCGGCGUCGCGCGUGGAGCCGCGCCUCGUGGACGCCAUGCUGGCCGGCGAGCUGCUGGACGAGCCCGCGCUGCGCAAGCACGUCUACUGCGUGCUACUCAAGUGCAAGCUCAUCAGCAAGGACGGCAAGCUGCAGAAGGCCGCCGUGCUCGGAAAAAUGGCGGCACGACCUGACGCUAAAAACGCUACCAAGGUUCUUGAGAGCUGUGCAGAUCAGACGGGCGAUACACCUGAAGACCUGGCGUGGAACCUCUUCCGCUGUGGCUAUGACAAGAAGGCGCUGUUGUUCGACUACAUGCCCACUAACGUCGCCAGCGAGACUGACAACAACUCCUAACUAGUUCGUUGUGCUCUCCAGAGGUGGCGCUGUUAAUAAUUAGCUUUAUGGUUUAUAUUUAGUUCAAGAGAUAGCACUAUGUAACACUUGUUUCAGUUCAUGAAUAUACCUUAUACCUUCGAACCAUUGUUUCCAAAAUAUUUUCUUUAUCGACAUUAUACCCUUGCAAAGUUAUAUGUGUCAUUAUAUAUUCACUAA